GACCAAACAGAAGAAAUUGAAAUGAAUCUGAAAGUUAAUAGACCACUUAAAAAUAAAACAUAGUUUCUAGACUAAAAUGAAAUCAAGGCCUUCUUUUUCUGUACUCAAUAAGCUUUACCCUCCUGAGUUUUUCUUUGCUUAUUCUCUUCGCAGCUUCCUCAGUCUAGCUACAGGCAAUAGAUCCGCUAUCAAUCUUGUGCUUCUUUUGCUUUGCCUUUACACUUCUUACCCUGUUCUUCGCUUAUUCUCAGCUUCCUUAGCUUACGAUCUUCGUCCGGCACCGUUUUUGUACUUCUUUGCUUUGCUUCCAGCUCCACAUAUUUUCAACGUCCUUACCUUAUUUUGCCACCUGAUCUGCAGGAAUUUUUUCAUGGCGGAAAUUGCAACACUAAUUUUUGAAUUCAUAAAGUGUGUAGCACCUCCAACACGAAGUUGUGUAGAUAAUCACAGAAAAUUCAAAGAAAAUGCAGAAGAUCUGAGAAACAAAUGGAGAAUUCUUGAGGGCAGAAAAGAAGAUCUAGAAACACGACUACAAGACGAGGUUUGCUCAGAAAAACAGGCCAAAAAAGAAGUGGUGGUAUGGCUUCAAGAUAUUAAGAAGAUCAAUGCUGAAAUUCAAGAUGUUUUGAAAAGGGUGCACAGUGCUUCAUACUUCUCACAAGCUCGCCUUGGAAAACUUGCUCGUGAAAAAAUUGAUGUACUGGAUGCAAUUCUUCAACGAGGCAAUUUUCCUGAAGGACUGGUAGUUAAUAAGCCUGCAACUAGUUUGCCUAUACCAGUAGAGGAUCUAGAAGGCGAGGAUACCAUGAAGGAAGAAAUAUUGGGAUACUUGAAAGGCAAUGAGGUCCCAAUGAUUGGAGUUUGUGGAAUCGGGGGUGUUGGGAAGACCACCAUUAUGAAACAUAUUCAUAAUGAAUUACUAUUGAUGGAGUCCAGAUUUGACAAAGUGAUCUGGGUCACCGUCUCAUAUCCACUCAAUGUUGUUAGAUUACAACAUGAAAUUGCUAAGAGAAUGAAUGAAAGCUUCCCAGAGAAUGAGGAUGAGCAGAGCCGGGCUUCAAGAUUGAUGCAGAUAAUGGGAAAAGUGAAAUAUGUGUUGAUAUUAGAUGAUGUGUGGCAGAGGUUUACUCUCACAGAUGUUGGAAUAUUGAGUCCCACAAAGGAAAAUGGUUGCAAAAUAGUUAUUACUAGUAGAAAGGUGGAUGUAUGCCAGUUCCUUGGUUGUGAAAUAGUUAAAGUGCCUCCUCUUUCAGAGGAAGAGUCUUUGAAUUUGUUCUUAGAUAAGAUACCAGAUGAGCAUGAAUGGACUGAAAAUCUUGAAAAGGUUUCCUUGAUGGAGAAUGAAAUUUCAGAUAUUCCUCUAAACAUGUGCCCAAAUUGUCCUCUUCUCACAACCUUGAUGUUGCAACGGAAUAAGGCAUUGAGCCAAAUUCCAGAUUGCUUUUUUGCAAACAUGCAAGGGCUCAAGUGUCUAAAUCUUUCUGAAACUAGCAUUGAAAGUCUACCUCAUUCCAUCUGCAAUUUGGAGAAUCUUACUACAUUGCUCUUGCAAUAUUGUGAGCAAUUAAAACAUGUGCCUUGCUUAGCAAAGCUUAAGGCAUUGAAGAAGUUGGAUAUGUUUAAAGCAGGAAUUGAUGUGGUCCCUGAAGGCAUUGAUAUGCUUGUAAAUCUCCAAUAUCUUGACUUACGGUGUCCAAAAUUGGUGGAGCUAUCGACACAAAGACUCGGUAACCUCUCUCACCUCCGGCACUUGACGGUACAUUCCAACUCGACCACUUUAAAGAUAAAAGGAGAAGAAGUAAGAGGAUUGAAGAAGUUGGAGACUUUUCAAGCUCAAUUGUAUGACUUGCAAGACUUAAACAAUUAUGUUAAGUCUAAUCAUUUUAAAAGAUUGAGUUAUUACCAGCUUGUGGUUGGACAAGUGGAGUACGGCUUUGAUGCUUCUAUUUAUUUCUCUAAACAAAUAAGUUUAGGAGAAUGUGAGAUAGGUGGAGAAGAUAGUGUGGUGCUUCCAGAUAACGUGGAAGAUCUAUGGAUUUAUCGGUGUAGAAAAUUUAGAAGCUUAAGUGAUAUUGGUUCUCUCCAAAAAAUAACUAAGUUGAGAACGUGUUAUGUUAUUGACUGUGAAGAGAUAGAGUGUGUGGUUGACAUGGUGACGUCAUCAUCAUCUUUCAUUAAUAACCUUGAAGGGCUAUGGCUUGAUGAGUUGCCCAACUUGAGUGUUGUUGCAAACGUGAAAGGAGUAAAAGCGACAUCGCCUCACAUCUUUUCCAAUCUUAAAAGGCUUUCGAUGAUGAAAUGUUCUAGAAUGAAGAGGUUGUUUCCAAUUGAGCUGCUGCAAGGCCUCCAAAACUUGCAGGAGAUUAGAGUUGACUAUUGUCAACAAAUGGAGGAAAUAAUAGGGUGGGAAGGAGAAGAGGAAAAUCACACAGCUGAUGCAACUACUACUACUGCAUUCACUCUUCCAAAAUUAGAAGAGUUGGAUUUGCGAAAUUUACCAGAAUUGAAGAGAAUCUGCCCCACAAGAGGAGUAAUGGUCUGUGGUUCUCUCCAACAAUUAAUAGUAAGUGAAUGUCCAAAGUUAAGGAGGAUUCCCCUGGUAGGGAAUGUACGGCCAUCUCUUCCUGCUGCUCUAAAAAGUAUCUCUAUAAACCCAAAAGAAUUAUGGGAAUCACUAGAGUGGGAAGAUCCCAACGCCAAAAAUGUCCUUCAACCCUCUGUGCAUUUUCCUACUUAUUGAGGACUGCAAAUGGAAAGUUUUGCAUCAAAUCAAAUGGUUGAGAUCCAAUACCAUGGGUUGGGUCUGCAUCUUUGUUUAGCCUGUCAAAAGGAUCUCAUGCUGGAAUGGGCAGGAAAUUAAACCAAAACAAUGGGUCGAUUCUGCACAUCUGCUUGACUUGAAUUUUGUUUCAUAAUCUUUAAAAUCUCUAUUUGUUUUUGAAUGCUAGUAUCAUGUAAAACUCGGUUCAUUUCUUGCUUCUUAUUUUCAUUAACAUGUGCGAUGUUGUGUAAGUUCCAUUAUAUAGUUGUGUGGUUGUUCUUUGGAUGUUUGUCUCAAAAUCUUAAAUUAUUGUUGUAAUUAACUUGAUUAUAUCUC